UCGCCCUGACAUUCUUGAAGAUGUUAACAAUGAAGUACCAAGGUCGUUUCUAUCUCCUGGUGUUUUUUGUUUUCUUUCUUGGUGUGUUGGUAAAGGCCUCCGCCGGAUAUAAAUUUGGCCAUAGAAGACGCUCUAUCCAAGAGCGAGUUAAUAUCAACGGUCAUGCAGAUGUUUGUGCAGACAUUAUAGGGCCAAACUGGAACAUUACAAAGGAAGGGAAAAGUCCAUGCAAAACAUUAGUUGUGUGGGUUCCAAAAAAACCAGGCUUUACUGAGUUUGUUAAAGUUAAUGAGCAAAAUGAAGUUGAAGGAGGAUUCUCCAUAGCAAUAUUUUGCUAUGCGUUGCAGAAAUUACCCUUUAACAUUCAACCGAUUUUCAAACCCUUCAUCAAUGACACAGGGCAGAUGAAUGGCACCUAUGAUGAACUGUUAAAACACAUUAAAGGCCAGACUUGCGAGGCCGUGGCAGGUGAUGUCACAAUAAGGGGACAGAGAACUCAGUAUGUUUCAUUUACAGCACCAUAUCUUAGCUCUGAACUUUACAUGCUUGUGGACGCUACACAUGAGUGGAAUCAAACCUUGGGGACCUUCUUAAGGCCAUUUACCAACAGACUAUGGAUCACACUAGUCUGUGCAUGCGUCUUAAUUGGAAUCACGCUUGCCAUUUUAGAAUACCGGGCUGGGAACCCCAAAUUUGCUCGCCCGUUCUAUAAGCAACUCAUCAUGGUCAUGUGGUUUCCUAUUUCGAGUUUCUUUUUCCAUGAAGGAAAGAUACUCAACAAAUGCUCUAAAGUGGUUCUAGUUACGUGGCUUUGUAUGAUAUUCAUAGUAGUCCAAAUUUUUACAGCGACUUUAUCCUCAUGGUUGACACUAGAUCAACUGCGUCCGAAAUUGCCCUCAAGCUUUCAAAACGUAGGAUAUCAAGGCGGGUCCUUUAUUAAACAACAUAUUAUUGAACAAUACCAAUGUAAAGUACAAUCUCUCAGUGGUUACGAAGAUUACAAAAAUGCACUAUCCGACGGUAGCGUAAAUGCUGUAUUUGAUGAGCUCCCGUACAUUGAUCUCUUCCUUUCCAAGUAUGGGUCUGAUGAUUACAUGAAACAUGGACCCAUAAUUCUGGAAUCUGGAAUUGCAUUUGCGUUUGCUCAUAGAUCACCUUUGUUACAAAUCUUUUCUGAGGCAGUUAUCAAUGUCACUGAAAGCGAAACUAUGAUGGAAAUGAAGAGAAGAUAUCUUGGAAUAUCCGCUCUUGAUAAAUCACAACCUAAUCGUGCUCUUCCACAAAGUCUCGAUGUUCAAAGUUUUAUCGGAUUGUUCAUAUUCAUGGGAAUUGUGAUGAUAGGUUCUAUUAUUGCAUCAGAAAUUUCCCUCUUUGAAAGGAAUAAUAAAGUCCAAGACCAAGAUGAAGAAGAAGAAGAGCCGAAAGAACUAGCUCUGAUAUAUGUUAACAAGUAAACUUCUAAUUAGCAUGCAUAGGGACUGUAAACAUCAGAUUAUUUGGCAUAUAAAAUAGCUAACCAUUAGCAUA